AACUCACUUGUCUCGUCUUUCGGAAGAAGGCGGUCAUUUGCUUCAAAAUCUCUAAAAGAUGUCUGCUGUUCGAGGAGUUCUUGCAUUUGCAUCCGAGUUUACCGCACUUCAGCUCGCGGGGGCAGUAAUCGCGGUCCUUUUUGUUGCUUGGCUAUCCCUUAAAUUCCUUCCCCCAACCCGUAGAGUCGGUGAUUACCACAACAAGUACGUCCUAGUCACCGGUUGCGACUCGGGCCUCGGUAGAGAUCUAGCCAUUCGCCUGGAUGGUAUGGGUUUCCAUGUGUUUGGCGCGUGUUUGACGCAGCAGGGCAAACGGGACCUAGAGCAGACGUGCAGUAAACGUACAGUUGGUCUGCUGAUGGACGUCACGAGCCAUGAACAGAUCGCGGAAGCGUUUGAGCAAGUCAAGAGUGUGCUGCAUUCGGGAACAGGUCUGUGGGCGGUGUAUAACAACGCUGGAUAUAUGACUCUCGCCCCCUUGGAGUGGUUCCCGCUUGACGACUACAAGCGCAUGGCAGAUGUGAACCUUUGGGGCCUGGUGGAUGUCACCAAGACUUUCCUUCCACUCGUCAAGAUGGCAAGAGGCAGAGUCGUGAAUGUCUCGAGCAUUGUCGGCUUAAUCGCGAACGAAUUAACUGCACCGUACUCGAUUACCAAAUAUGGCGUGGAAGCGUUCUCGGAUGUUUUGCGUCGCGAAAUGCUCCCCUGGGGGGUCCGGGUUAGUAUCAUCGAGCCUCAAGCAUUCAAGACCCCGCUUUGGGACAAUAUCGCCACAAAGAAGUACAUGUCUCUGUGGAACGGACUCGACCCGGAGAUGAAGAAAGAGUAUGGUGAAAAAUUCGUGGAAGAAGAUGUCGCCUUCUUAAGGAAAUUCAUCCACGACUCGUCAACUGCUUUCUACAUGGUAGUCGACGCCGCCGUAGACGCCAUCACGUCACGUGACCCUAAGCAUCGCUAUUCUGUGGGUUGGAAUGCCAAGGUAGUGUCAAUCUUGGGGGUCUUGCCUUCUGGCUGGACAGACGCGUUUCUCUGGACAACUUUGCCUCGCCCCUCCCCGCUAGGUGCAAAGAAGUAGUAACGAGAGUUGAACACUCGCAACUAAUUUUCCUUACAUUGCUGCAUUCACCAGUUGGAAAACGAAUAGGGGACUGGGACCGAGGCCUUGGCGCGUGUGACUUUGGGAUCGGCUAGCCUGCGAAGCAGGCCCAAAGGGUUGGGAAAGAAGAGGGACGGAGACGAGGCGCGUGCACUAGUAAUAGGAAACGAUGAGGGAGCUAAAAAAAAACGUACGGCAAAAACCACACGGGGUCGGCUGCAAGCGCUAACUGUCCCUACUCUGCCCUCCAUCCUUCUCUCCAGGCGCGCGGGAUCUAUCCCUCAUCUUACGAGCUUGUUGCGCUUGCUACGCAGGCUAGAGACCGACUAACUUGGCCGUUUUGCUCAACAAAAAAUCCUGCAUUUACAAUGUCAUUUUCACCAACUUCUUGUUAUUUUGAUAUAGGUGUCAUUAACUUUUGUUUAGAAGUGUGAGUCAUUUUGAUUUGAAAAAGUUAUUAUGGAGUUUUGUAGAACUUUAAAAAAUCUUGUAUAGAAAAUUAAUAUAAAAUAUAUAUAAUUCAUUUUAUAUAAAUAUAAAAUUGUGUAUAGAAAUAAACAAGAUUUUUAAGCGUG